GAGAGACGGAGUAUACGUGAUGAGAGAUUUGAAGACAGUCGUUUUAUUAUAGGGAAGAGAGGAACGAGAGAGAGGCGAGAGAGGACGAUAACAGCGUCCCCCCUGUUCGUAUUUGACUUAGUCCUUGACAUAAACAGACAGCGAGAAACUCAAAAGCCAAUCAAUCUACGACCGGCACCCGAAGGUAGAUCUAACCGAGAGCCAAAGCAAGACGAAGCGAUAAAAAGGAGGAAGUCUCACUGAGAGGAGCGCGUGAUGGAGGGGUGAGAAGGAAGGAUGGAACAAAAGAAGGACAGAGUGAGAGAAUGAACAAAACGAGAGAACAAACUGCUCCCCUGAUCGGCUGCUCUCACGGCUGCUGCCGCUCUCUCCAGGUCUGGGUCUAAAAACUUCGUGAAAAAAAGAUCAUGACGGGAAGAGUGCUGCUCCUGUUUGCUGCUCUCUGUGUAGGGGCGGGGCUUUGCGGAGCGGCGGCUGUCACGAAGGUUGUCAGGAGAAGAGGCGUACGGACUCACGCACCAAUGGUGGGUGGGAAGAAACCGACGGACCAGUGGGAUUCAAGCAUUGAAGGGAAGGCGGUCCCACCGCUGAAGCUCAGCGGUCUGAUUGGCCGUGCUCCAGCGGGCGACACCCAGUUGGUUAUUCAAACGGGAAUGGCCCAGAGCAAUGAAGCGGCUCUGGUGUCCAACAGCAACGCAGUCCCAUUUGAAAGUGCACACUCUGCUCUGAAGCUGGAGCAGGAACCUCUUCAUAAUCAGGAUUCUCCCCUUCUCGUGUCGGAGGAGAGAGGGGGAGUGGAUCUGGCCUGGGGUGAGGCCCAGAACGGCACUCGCGGCUCCGGUUCGCCCUCUGAGCAGGACCGAAACGACAAAGCGCUCCACCGUAAGCUGGACCUCGGCGCCCGUUACAAUAAAACCCGAUUCAAACCCCUCAUCCGAUCCAGAGCGAGACCAGAUCUGACCGUUUACGCCCCAGCCUCACAGGCGAGAGGACUCAUCUUAGAUCUGUCCAGAAAGUCUAACUUCAGCGUGAGUCACGGCCCCCUGAUAGCAGGACUCAGGGAGAAGGUGGAGCGCAGAGCCAAAGCCCAGCCGCAGGGACAGACUGCCGGGGGGCUGAGCUCCCACAGCUGGCCCGGAAGGAGCCGGAAACGAGAUUUGAUUGGCUUCAAUCACAGCCAAUCGGAGACGAGUCUCUCAGAGCAAGAGCAAGAGAGAGCAGUUACUCUCGGUUUGCCUGGUGUGAGUGAUCAAACAGUGCACCCACAUCCAAUCCCAGACACGAGUGCUGUCAUGGGCUCAAACCAGCCUGCUCACCCUGGCAGCGGUGUGGUGGGUGAUGCUGCCGGAGGUUUUGCGGAGAGGGUGAAGGAGGCAGUGAGUUCAGACGAGGAUCCCCCAUCGAAGAGCAAACGCUACCCGGCUCACACCACACUGACCUCCAACACGGAGUCCAUCCUUCUGCUGACGGAGCACACCCCCACCCUGCCCGUCACCCCGGGGCUGCAGGGAGAGAGGAACCAGAGCAGCGGGUCCCACAACGGCAGCGAGCCGGACAACGGGGCCGGCCACGGCGAGGAACCGCAGUCCAGAACCAGCGUGGUCCCUGCCGACGGGUUGGGCCACGUCCUCAGACUGCGGCCGAACCCCGAACCGGACUGGGGUGCGCACGCAGAGGGGGUGGGGGGCGGGGUCACCGUGGACUCCUGGCUGGACGCCGCAGGCCUGGUGUUUGAGGAGGCGGAGGAUGGGCGGGGUCAGGGAGGGGCAGGGUCUCGGUCCCGCAGCAGGCGGAGCUGGAUCUGGAACCAGUUCUUUGUGAUUGAGGAGUACAGCGGCCCCGAACCUGUGCUCAUCGGGAGGCUGCACACAGAUAUGGACAGGGGCGAUGGACGCACCAAGUACAUUCUUCGAGGAGAGGGAGCGGGGUCGGUGUUCGUGAUCGACGAGAAGACCGGCAACAUCCACGUCACCAAGCCCCUGGACCGGGAGGAGAAGGACGAGUACCGUCUGAUCGCCACGGCGACAGACCGCCAGACUGACCGCGCCCUGGAGCCCUCCUCCCAGUUCAUCAUCCGGGUGCAGGACAUCAACGACAACCCGCCCGUCUUUGAGGACGGGCCCUACAGCGCCACCGUGCCCGAGAUGGCCAACAUCGGUACGUCCAUCAUCCAGGUGACAGCAACAGAUGCAGAUGACCCCACCUAUGGGAACAGUGCCAGGCUGGUGUACACACUGAUCCAGGGUCAGCAGUUCUUCUCGGUGGAUCCUCAGACAGGUAUUCUGCGCACGGCGGUGCCUGACAUGGACAGAGAAACGCAGGACGAGUACCUGGUUGUCCUGCAGGCCAAAGACAUGGGGGGCCACCUGGGGGGUCUGUCAGGGACCACCACAGUCACAGUGAAGCUCAGCGAUGUUAAUGACAACCCCCCUCGCUUCACGCAGAGUAUCUGGUCGUUCUCCGUGUCUGAGCUGGCGGUGCCAGGGGCGGAGGUGGGUCGUCUCUCAGCAAUGGACGCAGAUCUCGGGGACAACGCCAAGCUGGAGUAUACCAUCCUGGAGGGGGAGUCCGGGGACACCUUUAACAUCACCGGACUGAACCAAGAGGCCAUCAUCAUCCUGAACAAGGCUGUGGACUACGAGAGUCGCAGCUCUUACUCGUUCUCAGUGGAGGUGCUGAACCCCUCGGUGGAUCCACGCUUCCUGCGCCGCGGGCCCUUUAAGGACCGCGCCUCCGUCAGGGUGGCCGUGCUCGACGCCGACGAGCCCCCACGCUUCUCCCGCGCCCGCUACCGACUGGACGUCUCCGAGAACUGCCCCCCCUCCUGCACCGUGGGCCGGGUCAGCGCCGUCGACCCCGACACCGGCCUCAACAGCAACAUCAGGUAUUCCAUUGACCCGCAGUCGGACCCAGAAGCUCUGUUCCGCAUCUCCCCCGACAGUGGGCUCAUCGCCACGGCGAUGGAGCUGGACCGCGAGCACGAGCAGUGGCACAACCUGACCGUCAUCGCAACGCAGAGAGACAGCCCCAACCAGGUGUCCAGGGUGGUGGUUGCCAUAGAGACGCUGGACGUGAACGACAACGCCCCUGAACUGGACAGGCAGUACACGACCGCGCUGUGUGACUCUGCCACUGUGGGACAGGUGGUUCAGGUGUUGCGGGCGAUCGACAAAGACACAGGAGGGAAUGACACUGCUGUUCAUUUCAGCAUUCCUGCAGCGUCCAGCGCGGCUCAGAACUUCUCUGUGCGGCAGAGCGGAGGCCCCACUGCCAGCCUGGUGCUACUCUCCCCCCUCCCUGCCCUCUCUCGCUCGCCCUCGUCCUCCCUCUCCCUGCAGGUGCCGCUGGUUCUGAAGGACAGCAUGUCGGGCCUGACCAGCACGGGGACGGUCACCGUGUCCGUCUGUCCCUGCCUGCGGGGCGGGGCGCGGGCCGAGGAGAAGGACGGACAGACGGCGGAAGAGUGGGAGAGAGAGACGGUGUGCCUUCCCAUGCCUUCCUCCUCCCCCUCUCCCGGGCUCAGUACCGCCGCCCUGCUGGCCAUCCUGGCCUGUGUGGCCACGCUGCUGGCGGUCAGUGCGCUCUCCCUCUCGCUGCGCAGACAGAAGCGAGAUUCUCUCUCCCCGUUAGAGGAGGAUGAUGUCAGAGAGAACAUCAUCACCUACGACGAUGAGGGCGGGGGCGAGGCCGACACCGCCGCCUUCGACAUCACUGCCCUGCAGAGCGCCCCCCACGGCACACACAGGGGAUACCGCACACUGGACAGCAGGAACAUACGGUUCUCGCAGCAGAAUCAGGAUAAGAGUGGGACGUACAGCUGGGCUCAGAGCGGGGGGGUGGAGGGGCAGUACCCGGGCCCCGCCCCGCUGUACGGGAGGCUCUGCUACAGCAGCCACACCCUGCCGUCGCUGCGCCACGCCCGCGGGCCCUUCGGACCGGGCCCGGGCCUGUCCCAGCUCGCCUGCCCCUUCCCCAUCGGCCCGCUCGACCACUCGCUCAUCAUCCAGAACCAGGGAGCACUGCUGGGCCAGGCGGAGCCGCAGGGUGAGCGGGCCGGGCCCCCCGCCGCCGAGGACCGGACCCCGCACAGCACCGACACCAGCGACAGGGAGCCAGAACCCAAAACACAACCGGACCCGGACCAGAGUGCCAACUGGCAGAACCACAGCCUCCCCCAGACCCAAACUGACCCGCCCGCCCCCCUGCAGGUUCCGCCGGAGUCCCUCGCUAAGGACCGGACUCUGGUGCAGACCCGUUCGGGCGUGGCAGGCCCUGCCCAGGGCAGCUGGGCGUGUGACUCUGCCACGCUGCCGUCGGCCGGCCGCCGGGCGUCCCGGGCGAGUCUCUCCCCGAAGCGGACCGGCGGGGUGCUGGAUCCCGCCCCUCCCGCCGUCGCCAUGGAGGUGAAGGGCCACGGUGAUGCCCUGAGCCGCGGUUACGCCAGCGUCCUGCACGGGGAUCUGCCGAGAGAGUACCCAGGCAGCCUGGGAAGGGGUGGGCGGGGCCUGGGCACAGGCUUCAUGGUGGCGAGGCCUGAGAUGGAGGGAGGGAUAUCUGUGACCGGGACUACUUGUGGGCUGUACCCUGAAAGGGCGGGGUUUGUACCGGACUGGCGUGACCGGGUGGGGCUGGGGACGUACACCCUGGGGAGGAGGGAUAUGACCCCUCAGCUGUUACCCUUCCCGGGGCAGAACAGGGCCAUGAUUGGGCAGCUGGGGUACAGAGGAGGGUGGGGUUUGGGGGCGGAGCCGGGGAGGGGCGGGGCUAACUCCCUGGCCCUGAGGGUGGGGGAGUUCCUGCGGCUGCGCCUGGCCCAGGUGACCUUUGACCCCACGCAGCCGCCGUACGACUCGGUGCAGAUCUAUGGGCUGGAGGGGGAGGGCUCUCGGGCGGGCUCUCUGAGCUCGCUGGAGAGCGAGGGGGAGAAGGAGGGAGACAAGGAGUGGUUCGGGGGGGUGGAGGAGUGGGGGCCGCAGUUUCAGAGGCUGGCUGAGCUCUUCAGGGAGAGGGAGCGAGAGAAGGAGGAAGAGAAGGAGAAGGAGGGGGAAAAAGAGGAAAAGAAGGAAGAGGUGGCCAGGGAGGUGGAGAAGGAGGUGGAGAAGUCUGGGGAUUCGGACAAAGAGAAGGAUUUAGAAAGAAAAUGAGACAGGGAGGAGAGAGAGAGACUGAGAGACAGAGAACAGAGACAGAGACAGAGAACAGAGACAGAGAAGAAUGGGGAAGACCAGGCCAGUAGCUGAGAGACAUGGAAGGAGAGU